AUGGGACAAAAAGGGGCUGAAAAUGACGAAAAUUAUCUCAAAAGGGAGACGGUUUCGCCGUACUCGAGUGCCAUGUAUGGAGGCACUGUCAACUCCAGCUUGAAGCCCAGUGCCAACAACAACAGUCAGAGUACGGAAGACUCCCACAAUAACAUUAACGAGCAGCUGGUGGCCAAGCGGGAGAGGACCAGGAAGAACAGUAAAACCUCAGAUCUCAAAAUCGACCGCUCCACACUCGACCAGUUCCUCAAAAUCGAGCGGGAGAUCGCCGCCGAAGAGGCCAACAGCCCCAUCCAGCCGCUGGAACUCAAGGCGGAGCAGUUAGUGCCAGAUUCACGAAGCAGUUACGCAAGCACUUACGUCCCGGGGGUCACUUCACACGUAAAAAAAAAGUGA